UGGAAGAGCUGCUGAGAGAAAGGGAUGCACGAAAGCUUUCUGGAACAAAUAGUUUGCAAUUGUGUUUGUUGAUUUUUGAGACAUCUGCUUGUCACUUUAUCUGUGAGGGAAGAAGCCAAGCAAAUGCAGGAGGUACUUCUAGGAAGAUGGUUUUCUGCUUAGAGCAGAUAAUAUUAGAUAUACAGUGAGAAAGAUACUUCAGCAGUGAUAGAUGGCUUGUGAAUGCGUAGGAGAGAAAUCUACCAUAGUAUUUUUCACCUGGAGUAUUUUCUUCAAAAAUCCAUAAAUGCAGACCUGGACUUCUCAUUAAGAAUCUCUGCAGUACCUUAUUAUCAGAAGCGCAAACAGAGAGGUGUCAUAAGGGGCACCAGUAAGUCUGCGUCUGACCUGAUAAGAACAAUGAACAUAGCACGCACUGCGCAGCGUAGAAGGGAACAGGACCCAUAUGUCAGUGGUCUAGGAUGGCCAGUGAAGGCUCCAACAUCCCAAGUCCUGUGGUCCGUCAGAUUGACAAGCAGUUUCUGAUUUGCAGCAUAUGCCUGGACCGCUACAAGAACCCCAAAGUACUUCCCUGCCUGCACACUUUCUGUGAGAAGUGCUUACAGAACUACAUUCCAGCCCAUAGCUUAACCCUUUCUUGCCCCGUGUGCCGCCAGACAUCCAUUCUGCCAGAGAAAGGGGUUUCUGCACUUCAAAACAACUUCUUUAUCACCAACCUGAUGGAUGUCCUGCAACGAACGCCGGAAAACAGUAUUGAAGAGUCCUCCAUCUUGGAGACUGUCACCGCUGUUGUGGCGGGCAAACCGCUCUCCUGCCCUAAUCAUGAUGGACAUGUAAUGGAGUUUUACUGCCAGUCCUGUGAGACAGCCAUGUGCCGGGAGUGUACAGAAGGAGAACACGCAGAGCAUCCCACAGUACCACUGAAGGAUGUGGUGGAGCAACACAAAGCUUCCCUCCAAGUCCAGCUGGAUGCUGUCAACAAAAGGCUUCCAGAGAUCGACUCAGCACUUCAUUUUAUAUCUGAAAUCAUACACCAGUUAACCAACCAAAAGGCUAGCAUUGUAGAUGACAUUCAUUCCACUUUUGAUGAACUCCAGAAGACUUUAAAUGUGCGAAAGAGUGUGCUGCUUAUGGAACUGGAAGUGAAUUAUGGCCUUAAACACAAAGUCCUCCAGACACAGCUGGAUACCUUACUUGAAGGACAAGAAAGCAUUAAAAGUUGCAGCAAUUUUACAGCCCAAGCCCUCAACCAUGGGACUGAAACCGAAGUUCUGCUGGUGAAGAAGCAAAUGAGCGACAAGCUGAAUGAACUGGCCGAGCGGGACUUCCCGUUGCAGCCCCGUGAAAAUGAUCAGUUGGACUUCAUAGUUGAAACAGAAGGCCUGAAAAAGUCUAUUCACAAUCUGGGUACUAUUUUAACCACCAAUGCCGUUGCCUCUGAAACAGUUGCCACAGGUGAGGGGCUGAGGCAGACAGUGAUCGGACAGCCCAUGUCUGUUACCAUCACGACUAAGGACAAAGAUGGGGAGCUCUGUAAAUCUGGGAAUGCUUAUCUCACUGCUGAACUGAGCACGCCUGAUGGGAGUGUAGCAGAUGGAGAAAUACUUGACAAUAAAAAUGGCACUUACGAGUUUUUGUAUACUGUUCAGAAAGAAGGGGACUUCACUUUGUCACUGAGACUUUAUGAUCAACAUAUCAAAGGCAGCCCGUUCAAACUUAAAGUGGUCAGAUCAGCAGAUGUGUCUCCUACCACUGAAGGGGUUAAGAGGCGUGUUAAAUCUCCUGGCAGUGGUCAUGUGAAGCAGAAAGCUGUGAAAAGACCUGCAAGCAUGUACAGCACUGGCAAAAGAAAAGAAAAUCCAAUUGAAGAUGAUUUGAUCUUCAGAGUAGGCACCAAAGGAAGAAACAAAGGGGAAUUUACAAAUCUUCAAGGUGUAGCUACAUCUACAAAUGGAAAAAUAUUAAUAGCAGACAGUAACAACCAGUGUGUGCAGAUAUUUUCCAAUGAUGGUCAGUUCAAAAGCCGUUUUGGCAUACGAGGAAGGUCUCCUGGCCAGUUGCAGCGGCCAACAGGAGUGGCUGUGCAUCCCAGUGGUGACAUCAUUAUUGCAGAUUAUGAUAACAAAUGGGUUAGCAUAUUCUCAUCAGAUGGAAAAUUUAAGGCCAAAAUUGGGUCUGGAAAGCUCAUGGGCCCUAAAGGUGUUUCUGUGGAUCGUAACGGACACAUCAUUGUAGUGGACAACAAAGCAUGCUGUGUUUUCAUCUUCCAGCCAAAUGGGAAAAUAGUCACUAGAUUUGGUAGUCGGGGAAAUGGUGACAAGCAGUUUGCAGGUACACUUGAUGGUCCUCAUUUUGCAGCUGUAAACAGCAACAACGAAAUUAUCAUCACAGAUUUUCAUAACCACUCUGUCAAGGUAUUUAACCAGGAGGGAGAAUUCAUACUGAAGUUUGGAUCAAAUGGAGAAGGAAAUGGACAAUUUAAUGCACCAACUGGAGUAGCUGUAGAUUCUAAUGGAAAUAUUAUUGUAGCAGAUUGGGGAAACAGCCGAAUACAGGUCUUUGAUGGAAGUGGAUCGUUUUUAUCCUACAUUAACACCUCUGCUGACCCACUUUAUGGUCCCCAAGGUCUGGCCCUUACUUCAGAUGGCCACGUUGUAGUUGCAGACUCUGGAAAUCACUGCUUCAAGGUCUAUCGAUACUUACAGUAGCAAUGAGCUCUGGAGCUGGAUAAUUGUCUGUUCUUAAGGAAAGACUAGUCCUAGAGAUCCAGUGCAGGAUAUAUCCUACUUUUAAUAGUGAAGGAGUCUCUUAUGGACUUCUUAUGUUAAUUUCCAAACUUACCUUGUUUACAUAGGAGUUUCACCUCUUACGUUUCUCACCGAACUGUUUGUUAUAAAGGUUAAUACACAAAAUCGUCUUUAACUGAAUUAAAAAAGACAAUGUGAUAUUAAACACAAACUGCGACUUUUGGAACUGGAAUUAACUAAUUAGGCAAAAAUGAGGAAAAUUUGGGAAAAAUCCCCAAAGCUUUCUGAAGACUGCAAAGGGUAGCUCCUGCUCAGAGCUUCCAAAUUUGAAGAUGUGUCAUUCUUACGCAUUAUUUAACCCAGAGCUGAUCCUGGGAAUCUUCUAGGUCUCGUUAUCAUCAUAGAUCUUACACUGUUAACAUCCUUCAGUCUUGCUAUCUAUAACAAGUAGGUCCUUUUAGUAUAAGGUUAAGUCUCACAAAAUCCGUCUAGCUCUAACUGUCUAGCACUCUGAGAAUCAAUGCAACUUCCCUACUCAUGUGGGAUUAAUGAAGGAUUGUUUCAUCUGCUUGUUUUUCACUCUUCCUUUUGCUCAAUGUACUGGAAGGACUUUGCAGAGACUUGACAUUUCUAAAGCUCUGGAAAAACUUAAUAGUAAUGAUACAUUAGUGAGAGCUGAAUUUCUGUAUAAUGACAGACCUUUUGACACCAAACUAGUUCAUUAGGAUCAGGGUUAUUACAAUGUCAACUCAAUUAACCUCAUGUGUGCCACUCUUUUGUAUGUAUUCAUUGCCAUGUUUCUUUAAGGCAACUCAUUGUAUUAACCAAUAAAAUAAAAUGCAGCAUCACACAGGACAGAAAGCCAGAGAGGUACCCCUAUGGAGGACCUACAUUAUACAACCAAAGGAACUAUGGUAAACAGAGGUUGUAUAGGAAAGCCAAGGGUUACCAAAGCUAUUAGUUUUUACAUGAGAAAAAAAAAAACAUUGCAAAUAAGAAUUAAUUUGAACCAAUUCCUGAAGUCCUUCAUCAAAGGGAAUUUUGUUAGAGGACAAAGUAAGGACUGUGAGAUUUGUUCUGAUUUGUUUGUUUGUAUGUAUGUAUGUAUGACUCAUGCAAAAAUUAAAAAUAGUAAAUGUAGGUUAUUUCAACAAACUGGAACAUAUGUAUGCCAUUUGAUAAUGGCAGUACUCCGAAAAAUGUCCUUCCUGCCCAAUCUCUCUACUGUGUUCUUUGUUGAGUAUUAAUUUAAUUGGAAAUGCUUACACUUAUAUGGCUCAGUUCUGUUUUUAAUGUUGUUUUGGGGUUUUUUUAAGUGUGAAAUUGUCCUUCCUAAAGUAGCAUUGGCUGUAUUCUUAUUUCUAAAUCCAAUGGUCAAAGGAUGAAUGGCUAGUCUUAUAUAGAGUGGUGCUCACUCUUAAAGCUCAUUUGAGGAGCUGGUGAGCUUGCUGCCAAUGCCUACAAUAACCUGGGAAGUACUGUCUUUGUUUUCUCAUUUUCAGGGCCUUGAAAUAAAAGGGCAUUGGGUCAGGAACAGGGGAGUAUUUUAAGCAUGUUUGCAAAAUUUAAAGGAAUCUUUGUUAAAUUACUCAUGAUAAGUAUUUGUCUUAUUUUUAGAAGGUUAAGGUUAAUGUUUCAAUGAGAGUAAAUAAUGGUUUUUUUGUAAAGAUGCAUUUGACUUGUAAAAAUGCAGCCCCCAAGGUUCUUAAAUGUGGAGUUUGUCUGUUUUUUAAUUACUGUUUCUUGAAGAUAUUUCCUCUUCUUUUCCUUGUUUAUUUUUUGCACAUAGAGCAAAUUUACAAAUUCUUGUGCAAAGGUAAGUUUCCUUAUUUUAUUGGAAUAAAUAUUAUGUGUAUAAGGUUUAAGGUUUGGACUAUAUAAUGCAGCUAAGAAACUGGUGGUAACGUUUUUGAAAUGUUACAACUCAUUUGUAAUUACCAAGAGAACAAAAUAUCCCCUGCUUGAACUGAGUUUGUCCUAAAAUUCUGAAGAUAUCUCAGUCAUUGCACAAUAAACUGUCCUAUCAAAAUUUAACAAAGUUGUAGAUCAAAUUUUCUGAUGAUCAAUUAAUUUCCUUCUAAGUGUCCUUAUAAGCAACCUUCUGGCUAACAAUUUCUGACAUUGGAAUGCCCUUAAAUGGCUAAUUUAUCAAUGGAGAAAAGAUAUGUAGCAUUUAACGGUAUUUAUUAAUAAAGAAAAGAGGUUGCAUGGGUUCUUUGAGAUAAAAACUCAAAAAGAAAAUAAGAAAUAUGCUGUUGCUUUCAGUUAUAGAUACUAUUAAUCAAAUCUAGUUCCAAACUUGAAUUUUUAUAAUAACAUUUUGCUAAUCUUGCAUUGUUUCCACUCAGGAAACAUUGCCAAAUCCUGUUGCCAGGAACUCUGAGAACCACAGAAAUCAGACCCUAACCUAUAUAUCAAAAUAUACACUUAAGAUUGUAUUGUUCCAUGUAUACGCUUUUCUUCAAAAGAUCUUCAGUCCCUUUGACCAGGAUUUUAUAUAACCAGGAUUUCAUAUAACCAAUGUCUACCCACUGCAUCCUUACGAAAUAUGGAAUUCUGCUGGCAGCUCCCUUAUACUUAGGGAUUAUGUGGAUUUUGCUUAAGAUUGAGUCUUUUGGGGUUUCAGACAUUACCACCAGAGCAACACGUACUGCACCUGAAAAACGUCACUACUUUGGAGCUCCUUCCGACAGCAAAUGCUGCCAUCUACAAUUUCAAAUUUGGUGGCAUAGGGCAUUCCCUUCCAAGGUCUGACCUUCUCUACCUGGCACCAGGAAACAGAAAUGCAUUGCUUUUAUGGUGUGCUUCUGAAGCCAGCUUAGCUAAAAUGCUUCGCUUAAAAAUCUUACAAAGAGCAACGAAAGCAUAAAUUCUGUUCCAAAAAGCUGGCAGGUUCUUUUUUCAUCCAAUUAAGUGAACGUCAAAAUUGCACUACUUAAUUUGCUGAGUUGUUAGCAUUUAUAAAAGGCAUUCUGCUGCCAGAUUUCAGGUAUUACCAAAUGUUCUCUUGACUUCCCUGGAAUGCUAAUUGACUAGCGGCACAGCAUGAAUGGUGAAAGUACGUGCUUCAUUUAACUAAUCUUCCACUCAAAAGUAAUCUUUGAAAGGUUAUCAGAUCUUGUGUGAUUUGGAGCAUUUUAGGACAAACUAGGCAACCGUAUUUUCAUUGUUUUGUGAAUAGAAUAAAAAGAUCUAUUCAGAUAAAUCCAAUAUAAACAGUAGGGGAUUUUUACAUAGGCUAAACUAGCAGCUAUGUAGCUGAAAAAGAAAAGGAAAAUGGUUUAGGCAAGCAUUUGCCUAAUGUAGAUGGAGAGUUAUUUAUUAAUAAAUGCUCUUUUGUUCUGUAAAAGCUAGAGGGCUUUCCAUUUUAUGUCAAUAUUUUUUAUAACUAAGGAUCUAGUGUUGCCAUAAUGAGAACUACAAGUGCCCAAUAUGUUGUGUUUGCUAUAAAGAAAUGAAUUUCAGUUGUGGGUGGCAGCUAGUUGUGAAAUCACAAUGUACACUGAAAAUUUUCUUAAAGAAUUGUGAGCAGUGAUUGUUUGGACCUGUUUGUGGAGAGUGCGCAAAAGGUAUUUAUGCUACAGAGUAGGAAGAUUCUUAACAGGUUGUGUUAUUUCUGGUGAAUGUACAGCACUUCAGUUGAUGUUUGUGAGCAACACAGCCUUAACCCUGACACUUUUGCUUUGGUUUUAUGACAUUGGGAAUGUUCCCUAAGCUGCACAGUGUAUGCCAUACCCCCUUUUAGAAAUCUCUACCAGUUGAUAAGCUGCAGCUUUCCAGUUCUAGGAGCGAUUUUGUCUUUUUUUCUUGGUUUUUUCUUUCAAAAGUUUUUGUACAUACCAUAUUUGUAAGGCAAUCUUGUAUGUUUUGUGUACAUGUAAGCCUUGCACUGUCUUGACACUCAUAAUGAAAUAUUCUUCUCACUUGAGUUUUUGUUGUUCUUUUUGUUUUUUUUAAAAAUCCCUCUGAGGCUAAGUACAAACUUUGUCUCCUUAAGGUCAAGGAUGAGAGAUGCGCAUCAAAGUGUUUGUGUGUGUGUAGUUUUAGCUUCCUGUGUGCCACGGUAUUCUUGAUGCUUUAGCUGACAAUUGAAAAAAAAAAAAAUUACUCUGUCUUGGAAAUGUAGGAAAACCAGAGUCAAAUGUGUACCUUUACCACGCACAAAAAAGUCAAAUAAUAAAAAUAAAGCUUGUUUCCUCUGUUAU